AUGAAGAAUGAUGCUCCUAGUCGGCUAAAGAAAAAGGAUGAAAUUUCCAGCCAGAUUAGUGCUCAAAUUUUUGAUUUUUGUGAUCCUGAACUAUUCCAAGAGACCCUACAGAAUUCAGAGGUUACUUCUUCUCCAAAUUGCUGCUAUGAAGAAAAUUCCUCCUUUGCUACAAAUCUUUCACUUCCCCCAGACAUAGAAACUAAGUUCAGUACCUACCAGGAUAACAAUGGCAAUACUGAUACAACCAUUGCACAAACCCCCACAACAACUAGCACCACUACCACAACCACAAGCACCAACACCACCACCACUGCCGCUAGCACUAACACCGUCACCAACACCACCCACAACAAUAGUGGCAAUCUUUCCAUAAUCUUUGAUUCCCAAGAAGAAAUUGAUAAUGACAUAUCAGCUUCCAUCGAUUUUUCUCAAUCCCCUCCUUUUUCUGUGCCGACGUUUCUCGUACCCCAACAAGAACAAUUUGAUUUCUCUUCAGUGCCACCUCAAAUCUCCUUAGCAGAUUCUGUUGUUGAGGGAUUUUCUCAGUACUCUGCUGAACCUGUAGUGCCUCUUAUGCCGGCUCCAUUAUCAUCGGUUUUUGAAGAGGAUUGCUUGUCUUCAGUGCCUUCUUAUGUUCCUUUGAACCCUUCUUCUCCUUCUUGUUCUUUUCUUGGUCCUGGUAUGGGACCACCAUACAUGACUGCUGGGACUAUAAAUCCUGCUGCAUUAUCUGCUGACAGUUCUGGAAUUUUCACCAGCAGCAUCCUUAUGGCUUCUGAACUUCAACCGCAAGAUUUGGAAUAUCAGGGAGACAAUGGUGGAAUUUUCUGUCCAGAAUCAUUACCGAGGGUUUUUAACCCCGAAGAUCUUCAGGCACUUAGUGCUGAGAGUCAACAACUGGUGAAUGGAGCUGGGAAUUCUACUUCUUUACCAACAGAGAUUCCAAUAGCAGAAGACCCAAAUUUUAAAGUAGGAAAGCUCUCUGUUGAAGAAAGGAAAGAGAAAAUCCAUAGGUACAUGAAGAAAAGGAAUGAAAGGAAUUUCACCAAGAAAAUCAAGUACGCCUGCCGCAAAACACUUGCAGACAGCAGACCUCGAGUCAGAGGAAGAUUUGCGAAGAACGAUGACUUCGGAGAGACUCAUAGACCUGCUUGUAGCAACCAUGAAGACGACGAAGACGAUGAAGUAGUUGUGAAAGAGGAAGAGGAUUUGGUUGAUUCCUCAGAUAUCUUUGCUCAUAUCAGUGGAGUGAACUCUUUCAAAUGCAGCUAUCCCAUCCAAUCGUGGAUUUGA